AUGAAGCUCGGGGAAGGCAACAGAAAGCAGAGUAGAGAAGAGCAUAGUACAGUAAGCAGCCAAGAACAAGGGAUACAGGUGCAGACAAGUGCCUCAAGCCUCAUUCUUACCUAGCCUAAUCCCUCAACUUCGCCGCAGUAAUCCAAUCAAUGCUUGCAGCAGAUCCUUCCGAACAACUCGAUGAUUUCGUCAAGAAAUACAUAUUCGAUCAAGAUCACAGCCUGCCGUCUGCAAGCGAGCUUCAAGAAGCAGCCACCUUGGCGCAGAAGGGUGUGAUUCGCGAUCUAGAAUAUGAGCCCAAGCUUCUCAUCAGCUCUGUCACUUUCUUACGUCGCAUUUUGUCGGCUUCUGUUCAAUGUGGAGGCAACCAGCAUGGGAAGUUUUCAAAGGCGGAGCAGCAAGGUGCUGUCAACUGCUGUGAUCCAUUCAAAAAGCCCAACCCGCCAAGUACAAUAACAGGGGUGGCUCCUUGGGCCGCCAAACCUGCAGGCGUAAAGGCUUCCAAGGGAGGGUGGACCGCGGGAAGUGCAGGAAAACCUAUGACGGUUGCUCCAUGGAUGAACAGCCCAGGAAGCAGUGUUGGCGCGUCACUGG